AUGGACCCUUGCUUCACCUACACCUUUGCGGCCCCCUUGCCGCUCGCGCCGUACCAGGGUCUACCAAACGUCGACGAGCUCAAUGCGCCGCCGCCCGAGAAUGACGGCUUCCCGGUACGCCAGUGGACCGGCAUGGCGGGCUGGGACACCGGCAGCGAUACGUCCAAUGCCUUGAACGACUUCGUGCUCAGCGCGCCCGGCGCGCCCGGCGCACCCUAUACCUCGACCUUCUACCCGCACCUCUCGUCUUGCACAUCCACCGAGGGGCCUUUCUAUGCGAGUUCCUCGUCCUUCUCGUCGACGGAGGCGUUCGUCGCCGCGUACGCCGGGUGUUGCGCGCCGAGCACCCAGGGCUACUCGGUGCCCGACGCCUUAUUCUCAUCCCAGGAGGCGAGGGACGCGUUCUUCUACGAACUCGACGAUCCCUUCAGUGGUGUGGCUCGCACUUCGACCGACCUCGCAUCCGACGCGCCCGACGCGUCAAACACGUACGCCUACUCAUAUGAGGAUAUGGAGAACGCGUACUACGCGUCUCAGGACGCGCUGGCCCCACCUUUUGACGCGUUCGUGUCCUCCGUCGCGACCACCUCCGACGCGUGUGGCUGGGACAGUCACGACCACGUGAUCCCAUUCGGCCCGGAGGGCCCGGAGCCCUUCCCGUACCCUUUUGUCAACCCGGCCGACAUUUGCGACGUGGUUCCGUUCAUCCCGCACAGCGCAUCGCAGCUUGGAAGCGACGACGACGCCGACGCCGACGAAGAAUACGACGACGAAGAGGCGCCGGAGCCCGUGGCUGUGGAGGAGCCCGAUUCUGACAACUCCCUGGAGCAAGUCGAUGCAUGGCUCGCAAGUCUUUCGGCUGAACCGGUGGCAAUGGUUGAGGAGCCGGUCAACGAGCCUGAAGUAGUCGUCAAGCCCAGUGCACUGCGUCCAAGCAAGCAUCAACGGGCUCCCGACGCCGAGAUCUACCCUGCCCGACCCAAGAAGUCCAAGUGCAUGCACUCCCACUCCCCAUCUCCCGCGCAUCUCGCUCGCCUACACCCACGCUCUCGGAACCGACCGUUGUGGUGCCCACCGCUUUGCUACAUGAUUCCCGGCUGCGGCGCCGACCUGACCCUGGGGGACGGCACCUGA